AUGGAAGAUGGAGGGUUGCAAAGGAGAGAAGAGGGGAAGGAGUGCCGCAGCCAGUUCCGACACGAGCGCUGGGACUGCCGCUGGCCGCCCGCCGCCCGCCGCGGCCCCGCCGCCCUCGGGCAGCCGCUCAACAGCGGCACGAAGGAGACGGCGUUCGUGUCGGCGGUGACGGCGGCAGGGCUGGUGCACUCGGUGACACGGUCGUGCAGCGCGGGGAACAUGACCGAGUGCUCCUGCGAUGUCACCCUGCGGCACGGCGGCUCGGCCAGCGAGGGCUGGCACUGGGGCGGCUGCUCCGACGACAUCCACUAUGGAAUGGCCUUCAGCAGGACCUUCCUGGACGUGCCUUUCAAGAACGUAACAGGCAAGAGCGGGAGCGGACUGGCGGCGAUGAACCUGCACAACAACGAGGCCGGGAGGCAGGCUGUAGCAAAGCUGAUGUCUGUGGAUUGCCGUUGUCAUGGUGUUUCUGGGUCCUGUGCUGUGAAAACUUGUUGGAAAACCAUGUCAUCCUUUGAAAAGAUUGGCCGCUUUUUAAAGGAUAAGUAUGAAAACAGCAUACAAAUAUCAGACAGACUGAAAAAAAAGCUGCGCAGGAAAGAGAAAAGCCAGAGGAAAAUCCCAAUCGGGAAAGAGGACCUGCUGUAUGUGAACAAAUCACCCAAUUACUGCGUCGAAGACCAAAGACUGGGGAUCCCUGGCACUCAGGGCAGAGAAUGUAACCGCACCUCGCAGGGGCCCGAGGGCUGUAACCUGCUGUGCUGUGGGCGCGGGUACAACACCCACGUCGUCAGGCACGUGGAAAGGUGCGAGUGCAAGUUUGUCUGGUGCUGCUACGUGCGCUGCAGGAGGUGCGAGACCAUGACCGACGUACACACCUGCAAGUAAGAUGAAGUACAGGAAACCUGGCCAGACCAUCCACGCUGUGUGGUGCACUGGGGCAGCAAUCACUGUUACCGUGUGGGAUUUCAGAGGGAUCGGCCUCGGGGGGAACAGGUUCUGCCGGACAACGGGGAGCCCAAGCAUGCCGCGACCGAAACAGCUGAGCAAACACCAGGCUGCACGCAGGGACAGCUUAGACAGCAAAAAGGACUCCUGAUGACACAUUUGAACGUGUUACUCCAUGAGCAGGGACAGAUGCUAAACUUUUCAAGCGUUCAAUAGACACGGUGUCCUGAAGAUCCAUGUGGUGGGUAGGUACAGUGGAGAAAUGUCAAGAUCUCAUUGAGCCAGAGACAGAAGAGUUAAGAGAGUUUGCAAAACACAUUGUCCUUAUGUCUGUGCUUUUAAAACUGGGACUAGAUGGAUCCACUAGAUAGUUAAUUUUUGCAGACUUCAGAAAAACCCACAAAGGUAGGGAAGGAGUUCAGCUGUUGACCACAAAGCAUUUGCUUUGCAGCCGUUCAGAAAACUGCCUUCUGCAUAAUGUGCAGGAAAGUGUUGGGAAGUGAGGAACAUGUGUGACUGCAGAGAGCUCAGCAGUGUCUGCUGGAAAAGCUGUGCCCAGGGGAGAGAGGCAGGAGAAUGUGAAUGGGGUACCAAAUAGCAAUCUCAGGAUUUUUAACAUGUUGUCCUUCAAACAUGCAAGGGAUAAGUCUGAGAAGGGACCAGUUUGACAUUUGAAGGAAAUAAAAUCCUCUGCAGGCAUUUCCUGAGUAUCUGAGCACACGUUUUGUAAGUCAGCUGGUUGUCACCCCAGUCUUGAAUUCUAUGCAAUAACCUGCUGCAUUCAACUAUCUCACUGGUGAUUCACCAUCAUUAUCAAAAUUUACCACAUGAGAUUUAGACCAAAGGAAUCUUCCAUAAAGCAAAGGAUUUUUUAAAACAUAUUUUCUUUAUAGAAUCAGCAGCUAGAAUUUUUCAUUAGGUUGCAUCCUCAGUAAGUUCAAUGCACAGUGUAAUUUAUAGAUUGACUCACACCACUAAAAUAUUUACACUGUUAAUGAUAACAUUUUCUCUGUCUCCAUAUGUUGGCUUAAUUUUAUUUUACAUCUGUGAAAGAUUGUUUAUUUUUAUGCAGUGAUUUAAUGCCUGGCUUAAAAAGCAUCAUGUGAAAGGAUUACUGUUGUUUAAUUGUGCAAAGAACUAUUUUUGAUAAGACAAGAAAGUUUAUAUUUUGUAAAUAUUUAAAUUAUGCAAGUUAUGUAAAAGGUUUCCAGAACUAAUGUGAUAAGACUACAGCCCUUGAGAUUUGUUGGUUAGAUAUUUGUUGAUAUUGUAGUAGCCUUUAAUUGAUUUUUAUUUGCAUGUGCUGGGGGAAAUGAGUCAGAGAACUGCAUAAAUGUUAGGGGUUUUUACCAUCAGGGUGGUUAUAACUAUUGCAGUUCAUACACACUGAUGAGAAACACUAUGACUUUGUAAAUGAUCAGUUAAUUAGUAUUAUGCAUACUUUCUUUUUCAUUAUUCUCUUAAAUACAUUUUACAAACACUGAAAUCCCAGGUCCAGCAGUAAGUACUCCCACUGAAAUCAAGGGAACUUGGAAGGGUUUGCAAUCCCUUUUCUUCUUUCAUACUAACAGCCAGUUUUUAGAAACUUGGGACAGUUUGGCUGGGGCUUUCAAAGUUACUUUGAAGAAUUCAUUUCCUAGUUGUCAGUUAUUUUCCCUGGAAAGAUGGUGACCAGAUUCUGAACUGUCACUCUUUAUUGGAUGUGUAGGUCAGGAAGAAGGAAACAAAAUCUUCUGUGUUGUGGUAUUUCAUUGCGUUACGUGGAUUAUCUUAGGAACAUCAGUUCAGCAACAGUGGAGUCCAUUAUCUGCUAUUUGGACCUUUACUCCACAUUGGCCAGUCCAUCUCCAUUGGCCUGACCAAAUUAUGAUCUUGGGACCACAAAAUCUGCUGUCUUUGGGAAGGGUGCUCAGCAUGCCUCACUGUCACAGGAGGUUUCAACACCUUUUCUGUGAAAACUUGGUAGGGAGGACAUACCAUGGUGGAAGACCCUGAAGAGAAAGUUGUGACCCAGGCUGUUUCCACCGUGAAAAUAAACCCACAGGUUCUUCAAGCUGUACCACAGGACUGACUGGCAGCAAGGAUGGAUGAUGACAAAAAAGCACUAAGUCCAGACAGAACAGUAUCAUACUCUCUGCUGAGACCAUAUUUGGGAUAAUACAAUUUUGACCACUUAAAUAACCUUGAAAUAUUAUUUGAACUCCAGUAGUUGUUUUGGGUUUGUUUUUUUUUCCUGUUCCUGAUUUAAAGAUCGGCAAGAGAAAGAGAAUUAAGUAGCUGCUUUGGCUGCCUCCAGGGAUCAACAACUUCCCAAAGGAUGGAGUGAUUUCCAUACAUUUUACAUAGCAGGCCAUGUAGUUGGACUAUUACAGUGCUCUGUGCCGAUCCCUACCUCUCUCCACAUAUAUUUUAAUGCCAUGAAACAUUGUUUUCAUGUCUGCAUAUUUCAAAUGAUGAUAAACAGAUGAUUUUCAUUUUACUAAUAUACUACAAAACACAAGGUAUAGCUGUCUACAUGGUGGCCUAGGUCUUUUUUAGGCACUUAUGAGAACUAAGAUAUAAAAGUCAGAAAUCAAGACAUCCACCAAGGUUUUCAAUGAGAUGAUUCACCUACCAAGACCUGGGAACUUGAGGCUGUACAGACAAAAACAGGCAGAAAAGGAUAAGUAGAGAAGAUUGUUGUAGCAUUUGGUAGGAAAAAACAUUUUUGCAAGCUAUGUUCCACAGAAGAUAGCAGUCUCUUCCACUGCCAUUGAUCAAGCCCAAAGAGGAGUCAUGACUCCUUCUCAGUUUAGAGUUUCAUUUUUCAUGUUUUUGCAUGAGCCUGCAGCUAUAUCAUGCUAUGGACAACCCUAAGAAAGAUACAGACCUUUCUGAGGCAACAGGUGAUUACAUAUUUAGAGAUUAUAGCAAUCAAAAUACAAGAUUAAAGGACCUGGUUUGCAAGUUCUGGACAGGAGAACAUAGGGAAAGGAAGAAUGUAAAAAGAUACCUAAAUGGAGAGUCAUCAGUUUUUAACUUGGUAAAAAGUAAUUGUUAAUUUUCAGCUACGAAGAUUUGGACGGCACAUGAGUCAGCCCACCUAGAUGGACAGUUCAGCAGAAGUGAUCUCUGAGGAAUCUGUUUUAACCUAUGAAUCUAUGAAGGAUGCCUUAGAUCUUUGUAACUUUGAAAGGGAUAACUACAGAGGCAGCAGAGGAGGAACUAAAAGUGGCUUUAAUGUUAUCAGAAAUGCAAAGAAACAACUCAAGCAGGGCAUGUUCUCUCUUGCCAUUCUUCACUUUUUCACCCCCCAGGGAGGCAGGAGCAGGAUGUGGCUGAAGCUCAGGUGUUUGUGCCCUGUUGUCCUGUUGCUCAGAGGGUGAGAAGCAGUGUCCCUUGUAUCCCUUGUACAGCAUCAGGAGCCACUGACACCCCAUGGUAUCACAGAACAGGUCAGGAGCUGUUCUCACACUUUCCUGCUUCAGCCUCAAAGUUCCCAUCCAGCCUUACAGGCUUCUUCAAGUUUCUUUAACAGGCCCCUUGGAUUAAGGCUAGGCUAUGGCCCUACAGCCUUAAAACUGAAGAGGAUUUCAUCAAUAAAAAGCCCUUUGCUCAGUAUCCACCUUAGCCAUGACCCAAGUCAGCUGGGGGGGCACCGCAGCCCUUUCUAUCCUUACACAGGAAAGUCAGUCAGCACUUAGGGUGGCAGUAUUAUUUCCCCUUCUGAAAUUACCCACCUGGCCUCUUACUUUAUUAAUACACUUAUUCUUGAGAAACACUCAGACUGCAGCAAACCCAAACAGUUCAGGAGACAUUACAUACACAUCAAGCAUUUAGCAGUCAAUUCAAUGUUUGAGGAAAGUGCCACAGUAAGAGAGCUGGAAAGCAAAACAUGCUGAGCAAAAUAAAGCUUUUUCCAAACUGGCAACCAGGAAACUAAGGCUGUAAAAGGGUCUGCUUUUUUCCAGAAGAAGGAAGAAAAAUUGGAUCACGAAGGACACUGGGGAAGGUCCAGAGGCAUCAAGGCAUAAAGCCCCUUCAGUUUAUUUCUUAGGACUCCUAUUAAUCCAUAUAAAGCAGCACUAGUAAAGCAGUUGAGAGCUGUGGUUUACGUUGAAGUCAUGUUCAGGCACUUUGAAUCUCAGCUGGGUCUUCCUUGGUGAAAAUUAAGUUGAAUCCUUCUUGUGUCCUUCCCCCUCUCUUCUCACAGCUCUACCUUUUCAGGUAGACAUACCGCACAACCUUUUUAUUGCCCUUCCCUUGUUACUCCAUUCUCAACAAGUCUGCAUGAUGUUGCAAAUGUUCCCAUCACCUUACAUUGGAAAAUAUGGAUCCUGGAGCUUUGUCACACACAGGUAUUCACACACCUGUACCUUUGUCUUUGUAACUGAUUUCCUAUCUCCAGCUGGAGAGGCCAGAACAGUCAUCUUUGUGCUUGGCAACUCAAAUGAAAUGCAGAUAGAUUACCAGAAAGUCUUCCUAAUAAGAUUCACAGUUCAUCUCAGCAGCAGGAUCCCCACUCAAGGCUGAGGGGGCAGGACCAGAUCUUGCAGCAAGUCAAGGAGGCAUGAUGGUGGAGAAAAGCAAGGAGAUCCCAUUUGUGUGGCCACACCAGUACAACUUCCAAAUAUUUGGUAAGUCUUAUUAAAUAUGAAACCAUACAGCUGUGAGGACACUGCUUAGAGAGUAAGAGGAAGAUUUCCAUCAAAAUUGUAAGAAUCAAAUUAUUUAAGAUGUGACAAAAAUAAUUCUACCACAUUGUCUUAAAAUUCAUUGUUUAAAAGGUUUGUUGCAAGUCCAACCUUAAGGGGUUAAGAGAAUCAUGAUAUAUUUACUCAACUUGGAUUGAUAAUAAAGGCACACAUUCUUCAUUUAA